AUGUCCUAUUACCAUACCACUUCUGAGAGGGGAGAAGGCGAGGCCAGCAUCCGGGGUAGCGAAAAGUGUAACUAUGGCGCCAGCGCUACGCAGAUGCACGCUACACCCAGGAAGUGCUCCGAACCUGGCCCUCUCCCUGGCGGGGAUGGGCAGGGCCAGCUGCGCAGUGGAUGGCGCCCCCUUGAGCACCCUCUCGACCACGUGGGUGCUACAGCCCUUGGCACGCCUUGGCAAGCUCUUUCAAGAGCGCUACCUUAUAGCGUCGGUCGCUGGGGAGAGGCGAUCCACCGCUCCAGUGUUGCGGACAUUUACUCCUGGAGGCCAUGCGGGCAAACCCACCCCCCAGUGGAUGGCUGCAUUGACUGGUCAGUGGAUCUCAAGACAUACAUGGCUUUGGCAGGUGAACCAGUACGGGUGAAAUGCGCCCUUUUCUACAGUUAUAUUCGCACCAACUAUAGCAUGGCCCAGAGCACUGGACUCAGGCUUAUGUGGUACAAAAACAAGGGUGAUUUGGAAGAGCCCAUCAUCUUUUCAGAGGUCAGGAUGAGCAAAGAAGAAGAUUCAAUAUGGUUUCACUCAGCUGAGGCACAAGACAGUGGUUUCUACACUUGUGUUUUAAGAAACUCGACAUAUUGCAUGAAGGUGUCAAUGUCCUUGACUGUUGCAGAGAAUGAAUCAGGCCUGUGCUACAAUAGCAGGAUACGGUAUUUAGAGAAAUCUGAAGUCACUAAAAGAAAAGAGAUCUCCUGCCCAGACAUGGAUGACUUUAAAAAGUCUGAUCAAGAGCCUGAUGUUGUGUGGUACAAGGAAUGCAAGCCAAAAAUGUGGAGAAGCAUAAUAAUACAGAAAGGAAAUGCUCUUCUAAUCCAAGAAGUUCAAGAAGAAGAUGGAGGAAAUUACACUUGUGAACUUAAGUAUGAAGGAAAACUUGUGAGACGAACAACUGAAUUGAAAGUUACAGCUUUACUCACAGACAAGCCUCCCAAGCCAUUGUUCCCCAUGGAGAAUCAGCCAAGUGUUAUAGAUGUCCAGCUGGGUAAGCCUCUGAACAUCCCUUGCAAAGCAUUCUUUGGAUUCAGUGGAGAGUCUGGACCAAUGAUCUACUGGAUGAAAGGGGAGAAGUUUAUUGAAGAACUGGCAGGUCACAUUAGAGAGGGUGAAAUAAGGCUCCUCAAAGAGCAUCUUGGAGAAAAAGAAGUUGAGUUGGCACUCAUCUUUGAUUCAGUGGUGGAAGCUGACCUGGCAAAUUAUACCUGCCAUGUGGAAAACCGAAAUGGACGGAAACAUGCCAGUGUUCUGCUGCGUAAAAAGGAUUUAAUCUACAAAAUUGAACUUGCAGGAGGCCUGGGAGCAAUCUUCCUUCUCCUUGUACUGCUUGUGAUCAUCUACAAAUGCUACAAUAUUGAAUUAAUGCUCUUCUACCGACAGCAUUUUGGAGGUGAUGAAACUACCAAUGACAACAAGGAAUAUGAUGCCUAUCUGUCUUACACAAAAGUGGACCAAGAUACUUUAGACUGUGACAAUCCUGAAGAAGAACAGUUUGCUCUUGAAAUACUGCCAGAUGUCCUGGAAAAACACUAUGGAUAUAAACUCUUCAUCCCAGAAAGGGACCUGAUUCCAAGUGGAACAUACAUUGAAGAUCUCACAAGAUUUGUUGAGCAAAGCAGAAGACUUAUUAUCGUGCUAACUCCAGACUAUAUUCUCAGACGAGGAUGGAGUAUUUUCGAAUUGGAAAGCAGACUCCAUAACAUACUAGUCAGUGGAGAAAUCAAAGUGAUUUUGAUUGAGUGUACAGAAUUAAGAGGAAAGGUGGAUUGCCAGGAAGUAGAAUCACUAAAGCACAGCAUCAAACUUCUGUCCUUAAUCAAGUGGAAGGGACCAAAAAGCAGCAAAUUAAAUUCUAAGUUUUGGAAACAAUUAGUAUAUGAAAUGCCCGUCAAGAAAAAAGAAAUGCUUUCUCGGUGUCAUGUUCUGGACUCUGCAGAACAAGGACUUUUUGGAGAACUCCAGCCUAUACCCUCUAUUGCUAUGACCAGUACCUCGACCUCUCUGGUGUCAUCUCAAGCUGCUCUCCCUGAUUUCCACCAUUCAGAUUCAAUGCAAGUGAGACACUGUUGCAGAGGUUAUAAACAUGAGAUGCCAACAACCACCUUGCCAGUACCUUCCUUAGGCAACCACCACACUUAUUGCAACCUGCCUCUGACACUUCUCAAUGGACAGCUACCCCUUAAUAAUGCCCUGAAAGAUACCCAGGAAUUUCAUAGGAACAAUUCCCUGCUACCUUUAUCAUCCAAAGAGCUUAGCUUCACCAGUGAUAUUUGGUAG